AUCUUUUGUGGCUUUGAUGAAGGGGUUUUCCCUGAAGUCACCAGGAGUUGCGAAACAUUGAACUUCUGUCUGGUCUUCAGAGUCUCUUGAGUGACUGCGGAUCAUGACGGGAGGAACUGAGCUUCGAUGACGCAGUUGAGUGUUCUGUUAGGGCGAAGAUCCUUUCAUGGUGUUUUGGAGACAAUCCUGAUGGAAGGGAUGAACGUUGACUGGGUCGAUGGCACAUUCGAUGGAAGGAGGGGUGAUAUAACGACCACCUUGAUACGUGCCGCCUUCUCCGGCGAUUGUCAUCUGAUCUUUGAGCCAACGAAGGGGUCGUGAUUUCAUUAAUAGACUUUCGUGACUUCGAUGCGGAGCUUUCCGAUUUGGAAUAUCAUCAAGAGCGAGGGGGAAGUGAACUUCUGGCCGAGAUUGGACCAUUCCUCGAGCGACUUUGGGGAUCAUCACGUAGGAAACUGAAACCAAAUGAUGCAUUUGGAAUGUUUCCUUCGUGGGAAGAUCGUUUCAGAAAGUCCUGGGACUCGGCAUCGCCUCGUUUGAUGAGCCAUCAUUAAAUUUUUUUUUCCCCAUCGAUAACUGAAAGUACACUUGUUACCACCACCAAUUACCCCCACAGCCAACACUGUCAACUUUGGGCCGAAGGAAGUCUCCAGAGAGUUGCGUCCUCUCACUGAGGAGAUUAUAAUUGCACGGAAUGAAGGACAUGCGCUGGCUUUUCUGUCUUUCCGUGUUAACGGUAACUGCUGUACUGUGCUGUCGUCAAAGUGAAUACCAGUGCGGAAACGGACGCUGUGUAUCCCUCAAUAAAGUCUGCAAUGCGCUAGAUGACUGUGGGGAUGGCAGUGAUGAGCAACGAGCCUGCUCACCAUGCAAUAAGACGUACUAUGGGGAUAUAGGAAAAACUUACUACCUUGAGUUGCAUCGACCGAAGGAGGACAAGGUGCCUUACUUCUGCAAGCUGACGUUCAAUGCCCCUGGAAAAGAAUUUGGCGAUAUAGUUCAGUUGACCUUCGACAGUUUCACCCUCGGGAAAUUCGUGUCCUUUACGGUGGAGGGAUGUCCCGAUGGAUCAUUGCAAAUAUCGGAAGCUCAGAGACCAGAUGUCGGUGGCGUAUGGUGUGGUACCUCAUGGGGUCCCGCUAUUUACUACAGCGAAACUCCCGUUGUUACGAUAUCCCUGAAGCUCCUGAGGCUCAGUCAGGAUCAAACGGGCUUCAACUUCGAUUUUCGCAUGGCAUACAAGAUGAUCAAGAGAUCUGAUGCAGUUGUCAGAUACGGAAAUCCAUUUGUCGAGUUCGCUUCGUAUUUCACAAAAACAACGCAGAGACCCACCACCGCCAUAACAUACCCCAUCGAGUACACGAACACGAGCAUAAGUUCAUCGGUAAAAAUAACCGAGAAGCUGAAGCCAACUGUAGCCACCCCCGAGCAACAAUACCUCGGGGACCUUAUUUCGGGGACUUAUUGUUCGAGGAUAUUCAGUGACUGUGACAAGAGGAAGUGUCGGCUACAGUCGCCCAAUUUUCCUGGUCUUUAUCCACGUAAUCUCACGUGUUACUAUGCGGUACGACAGCACGAAGUGCCGCCGGGUAAGCACGCACUCAUAACCGUUCGCCAACCGAGGGGUCAACUUAUUGCUGUGCGUGCUAGACCAGCUAAUCAAGCUGAGCCACCACCGAGAGAGCUUAAAUUGUGGCAGGACUGCGAUAUCGUUCAGGACUACGUAACGGUGUACGAUGGCUACACCACUCGAGACCCAGUGAUCCUCAAGUUUUGUGGCGGUGGUGAACCUGUGCCUGAGGCAACGAGCAGCGAGGCAGAAAUUCUCGUUGAGUUUACCACAUCACCCUAUGGAACUUUUCUCCACCCCACGCCACCCCACUCACUCCAUGGCUUUCAACUUGAAGUCCAGGUGAAAUUCGUAGACGCCGAGUCCCCCGAAUAUGCAAAAAACAAACGCUGUGAAUUUUGGCUGAAGGGUAACAGUGGAGGUGUCCUAGCAUCUCCACGUCACACCUUGCCACGAAAUACAACUUGUCUGUAUCACCUCCGGGGUGCUGGGCCAGUAAUGCCCAGUCCCACACCACCAAGACCACUGCCAAAAUUUCCGGAAACUAGGCCUGGCACUGUCUGGAGGAAACCUGCGCCAAAACCCGCACAACCGCAGUUUCGCAUUUGGAUGUCAAUUCUUAAAUUUCACGUGGGAAAUAUUCCCACUACCAAUGACGAUGACUGCAGUACUACAAUGCUCGUUUGGGACGGAGAUAUUUUUCCACUAUCCGAGUGCAAUGAUAUAUCUUGUGGAAAGGAGAGACAGAGAUAUAUGGACAGAACCGGGGAUUUAAUACCACAGAGUGGAGGUAGACCAGCAGCAAAUACAACCCUGCUGGCUAGAUACUGCAAGGACAAACUGCCGAAAACGUGUGAUCACUUGAUUUUGCAGAAUACGAGCAGACCGUGUACAUUAGGGGAAAGUUUCAUUUCCUCGGGGAACAGUAUGACUAUUGAAAUUCGCAUGACCGAGUCCACAGCCCUCAGGCCAGUGAAUUUUCGCGCACUCUACGAAUUCGUGGAUCUCCAUCAGGAUGGAGAUCCUUACGGGGCAGGACCGUGUUCCAGAAUUUUUUACAGUAGAAAUCGCGAUCAAUAUGCGGACAGGCGAUUUCAAGCCCCGAGGGACAUCUUCUUGUACGGUAGAGGUGGAGCAAAAAAUUUAAGCUGUGUGUACCGUUUCGAAGGGGAACCCGAUGAAAUAGUGAAACUGAGGUUCAACAAAUUGCUGAAUGGUAAUCACUCCUGCAAAAGUGUGUCUAGUGUCGAUUACAACAGAUUACUGUGCGUUGGACAGAGUAAUUUUUCCCUAAAGGUAAUGGAUUUGCCGUGGCCUAACGGCUCGCCAAUUCAACGAGACUGUCUGUGCUCGAAUCGAUCAUUGCCGAUCACAGUUAAGUCGUUAUCCAAUAUCGUUGAGGUACAUUUUGUCGUGCACUCUAUGAGCUCCCUCGACGACUACAAUAAUCUGUUCUUCGAGGCUGUUUGGGAUUUUGUCAAAGCCGUACCCUGCCUCCAAAAGCGACGGGUUAGAGGGCCGUCCGGUGAAAUCAAGUACGAGUCACCGAUCGCUGAGGAGGAGGAGAGCUACUGCCGGAAUCAUCCCUGGCUGAUAGACCCAGGCCCGAAUCAAUACCUCUACGUGCAAACCCACGGAAGGAUCAUGAAGAAUAACACAAAAUGCCUGACGAAGAACAGAGUAAUUCUGCACACAGGGGGAACCCUCAACGUAGCUGUCUGUCCAAGACCUGAGAGUGACUCGAGACACCAAGUUGUUGGUGUUUUUAGCAAGGGCUGGACCACUCAGAAUUACGCAACUAUGCUCAUUGCUCCAAGCUUCGAUCCAAUGAGGAGCAUUGCUGUUGAAUUUAUCGUUAACGAGCCAGACAUUCACACUGUCACGUGGCUUGAGAUGACGAGGAGGCCAGCCCCGAAGACUCCCCCGGAAGGUCUCCAGAUGCCCCGAGACUGUGAGCAACGCUGUCCAGAGUUGGACGCCUGCAUAAAUGCAUCCCUCUGGUGUGACGGUACCUCUCACUGUCCCUCUGGCUACGACGAAGCAUUGACCCACUGCUCAAUGCUCCUUCGAUUGCCACCUCUUCAUCUAGCCGUUGGUGCCCUUCUAAUAAUAUCAGUUAUUGGCGCUAUUUUCUUCGUCUCGUGGCGCGUACUACGGCGUAAAACAAAUCGCUCAAUAUCGCAGCAUCGCUUGAAGAGCAUCUCAUCGGAGACAGCGAUAAUCGAUGGAAAAGAAGUGAUAUGCUGACAAAGCGACAGUUCUGUGCGAUACGUUGAAAUUGAUCGUGUUACAACUGUGUGACGUACAUUUCCAUUCGUAUACUCGACAUUUAAAAAAUGGGAUAAUUAUUGCAGAGCCAUUUUGUCAUCACUGCCCAACAAAAUUUUUUGUAAUAAUUCCCGUAAUUUUUGAUGAAAUAUUUUUUAGUAAAUUUGAGUGGAUAAAUGACGUCUGAACGUAACGCCCAGAACUGUUAUCAAUACAUUGAACAUUGUGAGUGGACGCAGGUGUGACAUUUUACGAUUAGUGAAUUUUCCAUUUUUCGAGAGGACUGAGAUGAGUGCAGUGAAAUGUUUCAAUUGUGCUACGUUUUUUUUCGGAGGUCUCUGGGGGAUCUUGCAGAUAAAUCAAUCAAUCCGCGACAAUUACGUCGGGCGUUUUUGCAACAAUUGUCUCGUUAAUCCAACUUUGUUAAUUUGCUUGAUCGAAGAUCUUAUUAUUAUUUCUUUUUCGUUAACCAACCGUGUUGGUCACUAGAGCAACAUGUGAUUUCCCUCUUCCCUCAUAUUACUGUAUUUAUUUAUUUACUCAUUCAUUUUUUUACUUGAAAGAUCGGAAGUAAAAUGCGAAUGAAAAAUGAACAUGAGAAUUAUCAUUGAGGCAGCAAUGCACGACGUAAUUAUCGAAUUUCUCAGACAAAUUAUUAUUUUCCCCGUCCGCAGUGUCUCUUGAUUUCCACGAUUUCAUCAUCGAUUGAAGAUAUGCAAGAUUUACUUCUAGAAAUAGAGUAUUUCUUCAAGAUACUCGGGAUUUUUCGAACUCUUUCGUUUCGCAAUGACAAUAAACUUCCAUGGAAUUAGAUAUUUAACGAUGUAAGUUAUUAUCCAGAGGCUCUGCGGAUACUACCACCGUCGGACGUAUGAAAAAAUGAUAUAAGAUUUCUUAUAGGAAGUCAUGGAGAAAAUCCUAUGGAAAAUAUUACAAGGAAUUCUCCAGGAAAUCGUAUGAAAAAUUCAAUAGAUUAUUUUAUAAAAAAUCUAUAACCCAUUCUAUAGGAAU